GCGAUUCCAGGCGCUGGCACUUUCAUCCCCCGGGGGUCCCGGCGCUGACGCCGCUUCCUCGCCCGUGGCGGCGGCGGUUGGUAGGCGGGUGCUCGCUCACACGCUCGCGGCGCUGCUGCGGCCUGACUGGGACUGUGAGUGAGUGAGGAGCGGCAGCGGCGGCAGCAGCGGGACCGGGACUCGCCCCGCGGGCGGAUCGCGCCGAGAUGGAGAAGAGCGCCAGUUACGGGAGCAUCUCAUCCAGUCAGUCGCUGCCCACGAGCGGCUCCAGGCCGCCCAGCACCGGCUCCGGUGGCAGCAGUGCCUCCUCGUCUGUAUCUGAGCAGUCCGUGUACCACAAGGCCGAUACCGUUAUGUCUUCUGAGUCUGUUUCUUCGGCAGAUUUUUCUUCUGAUUUCAGGGUUUUAAGGGAUGGCAAUAAACUGGCUCAAAUGGAAGAGGCACCAUUGCUACCAGGAGAAUCUAUGAAAGAUAUGGCCAAAGAUGUUACUUAUAUCUGCCCCUUUAUUGGCACUAUGAGAGGAACGUUGACUGUUACAAACUACAGACUGUACUUCAAAAGCUUAGAACGGGAACCACCUUUUAUUCUUGAUGUUCCUCUGGGUGUGAUCAGUCGUGUUGAAAAGAUUGGUGGAGCAUCCAGCCGAGGGGAGAACUCUUAUGGUCUUGAAAUCUUCAGCAAGGAUAUUAGGACCAUCCGUUUUGCUCAUAAACAAGAAGGUCACACCAGACGAUCCAUUUUUGAGAACUUAAUGAAAUAUGCAUUUCCCACAUCUAAUAACUUGACAUUAUUUGCAUAUGACUACAAGGAAAUAUUUCCGGAGAAUGGCUGGAAGGUUUAUGACCCAAUUACAGAGUAUAAGCGAAUGGGUCUACCCAAUGAAAGUUGGACACUAAAUCGGAUAAAUGAACAUUAUGAACUUUGUGAUACCUACCCUACUAUACUUGUAGUACCAGAGAAUGUCCCAGAAGAUGAAUUGAAGAAAGUAGCAGCAUUCAGAUCUAGAGGGCGUCUACCAGUUCUCUCAUGGAUACAUCCAGAGAGUCAGGCCACAGUCACUCGCUGUAGUCAGCCUCUGGUUGGUAUGAGUGGCAAACGCAGCAAAGAUGAUGAAAAGUUUCUCCAGAUUAUAAUGGAUUCCAAUGCACAAUCUCAUAAGAUCUUUAUCUUUGAUGCCAGGCCCAGUGUUAAUGCUGUAGCUAACAAGGCAAAGGGAGGUGGCUAUGAAAGUGAAGAUGCCUAUCAGAAUGCAGAGCUGGUCUUCCUUGAUAUCCACAAUAUACAUGUGAUGAGGGAAUCCUUACGGAAAUUGAAGGAAAUUGUCUAUCCCAACAUUGAAGAAUCUCAUUGGUUGUCUAAUUUAGAAUCCACACAUUGGUUGGAACACAUAAAACUAAUUCUUGCUGGUGCUUUGAGGAUUGCUGACAAAGUGGAAUCUGGAAAGACAUCAGUUGUGGUACAUUGCAGUGAUGGUUGGGACCGCACAGCUCAGUUGACAUCUCUGUCUAUGAUUAUGUUGGACAGCUAUUACCGUACAAUUAAAGGCUUUGAAGUACUCAUUGAAAAGGAAUGGCUUAGCUUUGGCCAUAGGUUUCAACUUAGAGUGGGACAUGGCGAUAGGAACCACACAGACGCUGACAGGUCACCAGUCUUCUUGCAGUUUAUAGAUUGUGUGUGGCAGAUGACAAGACAGUUCCCAACAGCAUUUGAGUUUAAUGAGUUCUUCCUCAUAACAAUUCUUGACCAUUUGUAUAGCUGUUUGUUUGGAACAUUCCUUUUGAAUAGUGAACAGCAAAGAAUAAACGAGGGACUUCAAAAAAGUACCAUUUCAUUAUGGGCAUAUGUAAACAGCCAGUUAGAAGAGUUUAUCAACCCUCUGUAUGUGAAUUACUCUAACCACGUGUUGUAUCCAGUGGCAAGCAUGCGCCAUCUAGAGCUCUGGAUUGGUUACUAUAUCCGUUGGAACCCAAGGAUGAGACCACAGGAGCCUAUUCAUCAGCGUUAUAAGGAACUUUUAGCAAAGCGAACAGAACUACAGAAAAAAGUAGAAGAAUUGCAGAGAGAAUUUUCCAACAGAUCAGCUUCUUCAUCGGAGAAAGCAGGCUCACCGCCACGUUCCAUUACACCAGAGCAGACUGUUGUUUGAAAAUUGACUGCGUUAAAGGAUAUACUAGUGGCUGAAGGCAAUAUUUACAAAAGUCUUCUCGUGCUUGGAAAAAAUACUCAUGUACACCCAAGCAUAAAUAAACAGGUUUACUGUAAAUUAUAACUUUUUUUGUAGGAACAAGAUACUGUUAAUUGAGAUACAUAAUUCAAGAAUUCCAAGCAGAUAAGUUGCGAGGUUAGUUUGUUGCUUUGGAAGCAAAUGUUAUUUAUUGCACUGACAAAUAUUAACUGUCAUCUUUAACUUUAAUUCUAAGAUUAACACUAAAACUUGUAUGUAAUAACCAAUGAGUUCAUAUGUUUUAGACCUGUUGGUUUAUACUCAUUUUUGCUUGAUACUACAACUACCAACGACCAACCAUUCCAUGCUGGGUUUUUCAUCCCUCUCUUUAACAAAUCAGGAUAACUAGAAUGAUAAUUCAACAUACUUGGUGGAUAAGAAACUAUAAUAAAAUAUGUAUGAAAAAAACUGUUAGAAAGUAAAAGAAUGACUACUGAACAGGGCAAGUAUGAUUAUUGUGAUUGAAAGUGGUAAUUUACCCAAGGUAUGCUGUGUAGACAUUUUUCUAAUUUAAUUUUAUAUUUUAGCGAAAUCAAAUUGACAUUUUGGUAUCACAAAAUAUUGCCAUCAUUGUUGCGCUCCAACUCGGUUCACAUCUCUACUGUCCAGCUAAAAUUCUUAAAAAUGGUAAUGUAUUUUUCUAUCCAUAAUAUAUUGUAUAUUAGGAUAAAAUAUGAAAUUUGGGUUUCCAUUGACCAAGCCACAUUGACCUGAUGCCAAGGCGCAUGAGAAAUGUAACGUGCCAUCUUGCUGCUUUUUCGGUAAACCAUAUUUUUUGUUUAAUCUGGCAUUACAAAUGUACUUGAACAGAGCAUUUUUUAAGCAAAGUUUGAGGAAAAAUUAGGUUAUUUUGUUAAAUUAUGGAAUUUUCAUAUACACAUUUUGAAGCUAGAAAAUUUAGUUACAUGUUAAUAAAAAUGUCUAGUAUUUUUUGAAUAACUUGGGAAAGAAGUUUAUGAAACACAAAAUGUAUAGUUUGGGUUCAAACAUUAAACCAAACCUGAAUUUCAGGGAGAAUGUUACUAGGGUGUAAUCAUACUAAUGCAAUGUAUGAACAUGUAUUUUCAGGGAUUGCUGACAUAAAUUUAGAAAACCGUCCAAAGAUUUGUCAAAUCUUCUGUAAUUGUCUGUCCUAUUCUUAAGAAAUUUAUUAAUGAUUCCUUAAGUCUUCACUAAGAUGAUUUUCUUCAAAUGUUUGGUUUUCAGUUUAAAUUCUUGCCAAUUUAUGCAAAAUUACUGAUUAACAGUUUUGCAUUUAAUCCAAACUUUUCAGUGGUGUUACUUAACCUUCCAGAUAUCAUUUCUUCUGCUAGUGCCAGUCUGUCAUGAAAGGUUACUCGUGAUUGCAGAAUCAUUAGCACCAAAGACAAUUAGCAGCUGCAGUGCUUUGAAAGGAAAAAUGAUUAGAACUUUAGCUUUUAUAAUUUAAAUUUGCUAUAUCCAUGCAUCAUUUAAGCAUUAAUUUCCUUAGAAUCUACUUUAAGCUGGAAAGUAUGGUUGCAGGUUUAAGGAAUACAGGAUUUUGCAAUAAAAUACAAAUGGCUAAAAUUAGUUAAUCCACUGUCAUUACUUAGCUGACAACACCAAAAAGCCAGUAGGAAAUUGGGGGAAGAAAUAAUGUUAAGACACAAAAAGCUGGAAUAACUCAGCAGGACAGACAGCAUCCCUGGAGAGAGAAAGACCUGAUGUUUCGGGUCGAGAACCUUCUUCAGACAUCUUGAUCCGAAACGUCACACUUUCCUUCUCUCCAGAGAUGCUGCCUGUUACUCCAGCUUUUUGAGUCUAUAUUCGGUUUAAACCAGCAUCUGCAUUUCGUUCUUAUACAAAGAAAUAAAGUUGAUACUCAAAGUACAGGUUUCCUGUAUGUUUUUUUAAAUUAAUACUAAAGCACAAGUUUAAUUUAUCUAGCUUAAUUUUAAAAUAUUUAUGAUAUGACGUAAACUAUAUUUUAAAGUAGGCCACGGAGCAUGGAUUGUAAUUGGAAGCCAGUGUGAAAAUAUUUUGAAUUUCUUGGAGCAAAGGCUGCUUUUGGCUAAAUGGCUCUUUUUUUGAGUAAACGUUCUGGGAGAAUACUUAAACAUGACCAGUGGCCACAUGGUGUCAGAAGUGUAUUUGACUGUCUUCGACUAGUUGGGUUGAAAGGACCAUUUCCCAAUUUAAGCAAGAGAUCUAUUAUGUUGUUACAAAGCAGCAUCAAACACAUUAAUUAUGGGGUUUUUUUUCCCUUUCAAUGUCACGUUUUUUUUUGUGUAAAUUAAUUUCUUGGAUGAUGUGUUAAAUUUAAAGUAUCAAUUUAUUGGCCACUUUUGCGUAAUAACAUUUUGAAAGCAAGAAUAUUUUAGGGACUAAAUGCUUGAAGUGCUCAAAUGAUCCAAUUCUGAACUACAUAUCACUUGUUAAAUGCAACAUCAAUAUUUGUUUGAAGAAGGUUUGGUGUGGUUCUGUUUCCUGCAGUGAUUGGGGCCCCAUUCCCACAAUCCUUUUACAUUCGAAGAUAGACACAAAUCUGUAACACAGCCAGCCAGACAGCAUCUCUGGUGAAAAGGGUUAUGUUAUGCAUUCCUUUUCUCCAGAGAUGCUGUCUGACCCACUGAGUUACUCCAACUUUUUGUGUCUAUCUUUGGUUUAAACCAGCAUCUGCACUUCCUUUCUUCUCCUUUUUACAUUCAUUGGGGAUCCUGUUCCCAUGGUCCCUUUAACCUUGGUUCACUGCAAAAUGUAUUAUACUACUGUGUAAUUGUUGAUCUGGUAAUGGGAGGAAUAGACAGUGGUCCAGAAAUCCUGGCACUUACAAAGUCCUGAGAGUUCUGGAUUAUCAGAAUUUUACUGUAAUAAGAUGAUGGACUAUCCACUAGUAAUAGGCCAAUACAAGACUUCAAAAAUCAAGGUGAAGAGAAAGUGAAGACACAAAAUUACCAGACAAGUACUGGUAUCGAGUGUAAUUUGAUGUUGAAGACUAUUAGGACUGGGUUUCCAUGUGAUGUGUAGAUAUGACAAAUUAAUAUAUCUGACAUUUUGGAUUAUUACCGUUUCCAAAUUCUGUACGGGAGGUAAAUGUGAGAAAUUUAAGAAAUUGCCGAUUUGUUAAACGUUCUGUUAAAUCCUGAAAGGAAUUUCUUUUUUGUAACUUAAUAUUGAACAGUUCCAGUUGAUAAGGCUUACCACUUUUUUCUGAAGUUAGUCUCUAAUGAUCUUUGGCUAUGUCCUUGAUCAAUGUUGAAUUAUCUGAUUUGAGUCAGCAAAGCUAUGCAGAGAUGCGAUUAUUCUCCUUGCCCUUGCGUUAAGGAAGGAUAAUUUGAUUGGGAUCAGAACUCCCAAGCCACUAUCCAGUGAUCCGUGCUUGAAAUCAAGACACAAAUUUUGAAUAGGAAUUGUAAUUUGAUGCCCUCUAUUUUAGAGCUACCUUGGAAACACAAAUGAAUUUCAUCCACAUAAUAGAUACUUUAUUGUCACGUGAACCUAGGUACAGGGAAAUUGUUUUUUCAAAGCACACAAGAGUCACCACAAAGUUAUAAAAAAGACUCAGCCUUCUUUGUCCUCUUUUACCCCCUCCCUCUAGCCUGGUGUCUCUUUGCUCUUGGUGGCCCCCCAGACCGGGUCCCCUUUAGUUCUCGGCAGCUUCCCCAUGCUGGAUCCCCCAAGGUUUUAUUUAAUUUUCAAGUUCUGAUAUUUUCAUAUUUUCAAGUGCUGCAGAUAAGACUGCCAGUGAGGGGCCAUUUCAUAAGGCAUUUAAGGGUUUCCAUGAGGGAUGGGUUUGGAGUUCACUAUCAACAAAGUCAUGCCAGAAUGGUAGAUUUCCACAACCUAAAGACAUUAAUGAACUGGGUGCAAUUUUAAUGAUCUGGUAGGAUUUAUUUGUGGUAGUUAUAACAACCAGUUGUUGAAAAUGGUAGAUUAUUAAUCCUAACUUAAAAUUCACAGCUGCAUUAGUGCAAUUUUAACGUUGAACUGGUGGGUUGUUAGUCCAAAUGUCUGGAUUACUAAACUCCUAAUUAAUCAAUGCUGUGACUGCACACGCAGGGUGACGGGUGUCUAUACACUGUCAAUGGGAGACAAAAGAAAAUUGUCGAAGGAGUAUAUUUAGAAAAUAGACACAAUAUGCUGGAGUAACUCAACGGGACAUGCAGUAUCACUGGAGAGAACGAAUGGGUGACGUUUCUGGUCGAGUGAGAGUCAGGGUAGAGGGGGACAGAGAUAUGGAAGGGUAAGGUGUGAAAACAGCAAAGGGGACGAUGAUCAAGGAAAAUGUAGGAUGGUAUAUUCUGAGUUUGCCUUUAACAGAUUCUAUAAAAUUACUAUAUCACUUUUAAAACAACUGAAAAUUAACGUGGGUUAUCCGAAAUUCUAUGAAUAGAAUUAUAGAACUUUGCAAAAAUAAAAUUUGCGAUCUAUUACACAUCACAAAAACAUUGUAGGGAAGUUAAUUUUUUACCAGCUCAGUUUUCCUAUUCCAGCAAAAGCUUUAAUAAACUGCAUUCUGAGUAAUAAGCAUAAAUUACAAGCUUGGUCUUGCCAUAUAAUGUGGAAGGUUGACAUGAUUUAUUACAAUGCCCUGCACAUUUAUCUACAUAUCUAAGCAAGAAUACAGAAACUAACAUUUAGUCUGCAAAUAUUAUGAUUUUUUAAUGUUAGAUUUCUGACAAUGCAGAAUAACAUUUGGGAAUGUCCUUUAAUGUGCAGAUUUGUUUAAAAGCAUAGUUUCAUCUCAUCUUUGGUGCGGGCAGAAGUUCAAAUUAAUUGUUUAUUCCACUAACUAGUUUAAAGUAAAUUUGGAUGAAGAAUUGUCUAAAUAUUUUUUCUUUAGCAAUGACAUAUUACAAAGCCCACUCAUCUUAAUUUACACUACUGAUUCAUUACAAAAUAUGUUGUACCAAAAUACAAUGUCAUAAUUUCUAUGGACAUGUUAAUUCUUUUUUUUCUUAGAAAGAACACUUAAUUGCACUGCAGCUAAAUCCAAAAGGGCACAACUGUUCUGAGAUCAAAUAAAGCAAAGUAUUCUUGAAGGCCAUUCGGCUUCUCUGCUGAAAGCUCUGGAAAUCUAGUCAUCUGAUCAUUCAUCUCUUGAAUAAAUAAUUUUGCCUCCUUAAGGAGAUGUUUUCUGACAUCAAUCUCUUAUCUUGGUUUUGCCAUUUUGUACUUUUGUGCUCUUGACCUGCUAUGGUUUAAUGAAGCAUGGUUAAAUAUUCCAGAUUAAUCUCAAUAUUCCAUAAGAAUGCUGAACAUCAAAUUCUCAGCAGGAAAUGUAUGUUUGUGCCACUUUUAAUGAUUGCUUUCAGUUUGGCACGAAAGUCAGAGAAUUUGUGUUCAUGUUCAUGGCUUAUACAAAUAAGAUUGUCUUGUUUAUUGUUAUCAGUGACGGUUAAAAACAGCUAGCAUUCUAGUAUUUUCCUAACUUUGCACCUACUUUAGUAGAAGCAAGUUAUUAGUUACUAGAGUACAGCUCCUUUUAAAGUGCACUGUAUUUUUUUUUUAAACCGUGUCCUUCCAACUCCUGUAUUAAUAAAGAAUUACAUGAGA